AUGAAGCGCAUUGUGCCUCUGGGGCUUUCCCCUAUAUUCCUAGUCCCCGUAUGUUUAAUCAGUAAGUUAAUAAGGCCCUCUUGCGCCUUCAACCUAUAUUCCUGCUCUACAGCCUGCAAACGCAUCGCGUCGGAGGUGUUAACAGGAACACUGUUUUGAGCAUCUUCGGCAGGCAGAGGAUGGUGAAUCAGGGAUCUUGAGAUGUCCAGCAUCGUUGUUGUUGAUGGGGGUCUUUUCGUUGUUCAUUUUGUACCGAAUUACUGUGUGUAGUGUAGUGCAAUCUGUAUGCGCGAUGUGUAUAUGAUGUGUGCGAUGCUUGUGUGAGAUGCGUGAAGCGCGUCUUUUUUUGAACGCGUUCGGGCGUGUUAUCGGGUUAUCGAGUUAUACAAAGCAAUCAUAAUAAAGAAAUACAGUCAAUUCUUUU